AUGGGACACUUUGCAAAUGGUGAAAUAAACCAAAAUUCCUUGCAAGGAAGUGCCAAGGGCGGAGCCGACGUGACGCGUCGAUCACGUGGUGGUACUGGCAUGGCGGCGGCCAUCGGGGUUCGGCGAUGUCUCAGAAUGGCCGUGAAGGCCGCCCGUUGGUGCGCGUCCCGGCGGCCGGAGUCGCGGUUCUGCUUGGCUCAGCACCAAGCCUUCCACCUCCGGCCGUGUGAGUUCAACGGAAAGGCGGACCAUACAGAUGUCUCUCAGUGUGAGGAUUCAAAUCAGAAACCUGAGAAUUCUGCCGAUGUAGUAAAUGUAACUUUCAUCGACCGAUCGGGGCAGAGAAUACCUGUGAGGGGGAAAGUAGGAGACAAUAUUCUCUACUUAGCGCAAAAUCACGGGAUUGAUCUGGAAGGUGCUUGUGAAGCUUCAUUGGCAUGUUCUACUUGCCACGUCUAUGUAGAUGAAGAGCAUUUCGACAAACUCCCUGAACCAGUUGAAAGGGAGGAAGACAUGCUGGACAUGGCACCUGUCCUACAGCUCAACUCCCGGCUGGGAUGUCAGAUCAUCCUCACCAAAGAACUGGAUGGCAUGGAGUUAACGCUGCCUAAAAUCACCAGGAACUUCUAUGUGGAUGGGCAUGUGCCAAAACCCCACUGAUGGGUGGGUGACCUAGGUACUCGGGUGCUGAAUGCCAGCUCAUCCCAGCAACGCUGCCAACGCACAACGUGAGAACGGGCGGUGCCACCACCACUACGCCAGAGUGAGUGGACAUCAGAAGCCAGUGGAAAACUUGGACUGGAGAGAAGGUAGAGGACAGGCUACCUCAGGGAGGGGUGCAUUCCUCUCGUUGGUCUCUGCUUCACCUUGUUGAUGUGCCUUUGCUCAAUGGAUGACGGGAUUUGAACGGAAUGGUACAUGCGGUCAUUUUUGUCUGUCUUUGCCAUGUGUUUUUCACUUUCUCUCUUCCCUCUUUUGUGUUUUUUUGGUCUGCCUAGUGUUCGUGUCCUCUGUAUUGAUCAUUCAGUUAAACAGCUGUGGAAUGCACAUCUUUUACCCCUAGUCACCUCAUUUAUAUUUUUUAUCUGUUGUAUUUUUGGAUGACUCCCAUGCGACGGUUGCAAUUUCCUGCUCUCAUUUCUACCUGUGGGACUAGUAAAACAAGUUAGCGCUGUGCAUUAAAAUAUUUUUGAACUAGUCAUAUUUUAGUAUGUUCCCCUAAUGUUUUAUCGAUACGGCUUUGUGAAUAACCCUUACAUUCGUGCACAUCUCUCUCUGUCAGCUAGUGCCUUGUCUCGGGCAGUUUGUGUAACCGGAACUGCACAAGUACAGACUCAUCUUGUCAGUGUUUGAUCAACACAGUCAGCGUCUAGACUACUGCAAUUCGAUAGACACGUCGAUUACUUUAAAUAUCUGCUGCAGUAACUCAAUGCAAUGUUGUGAUUUUGUUCCUGUUACUCUGAGUUGUAUUAUUUUUGUAUGUUUGCAGAUGUGGCAGGAUCUUAAACAUUGGGAAUUAAACUUUGUGCACAUUAUUUUAAAAAUCACUUUGUGGGAGUUAAGUAUCAACAAUAAACGUAC